AUGGGUCUCGCAGCCUCCAAACUUCAGGACAUGCUCAAGCAGCUGUUCGUCUUCAACAAGAAGGAAAUGAGAAUUCUCAUGGUCGGUCUCGAUGCCGCCGGCAAGACCACCAUUCUUUACAAGCUCAAGCUUGGUGAGGUCGUCACCACCAUCCCCACCAUCGGCUUCAACGUCGAGACCGUCGAGUAUGCCAACAUUCAGUUCACCGUGUGGGAUGUCGGUGGACAGGACAAGAUCCGCCCCCUCUGGAGACAUUACUUCCAGAACACCCAGGGCAUCAUUUUCGUCGUCGACUCCAACGAUCGUGACCGUAUUCCCGAGGCUCGCGAAGAGCUUCAACGCAUGCUCAACGAGGAUGAGCUGCGGGAUGCUCUUCUCCUUGUCUUCGCCAACAAGCAGGAUUUGCCUAACGCCAUGAGCGUUGCUGAGAUCACAGACAAGCUUGGCCUCCACAGCUUGAGACAACGCGUUUGGACGAUCGACUGGUCCAUGAACAUUACACACGGCGGUUUCUGCCUCUAUGGUGACAGCCGUUCACGAUGA